UUAAUUAGUUAAUGAGAUAAGUUAAUUUAUACAAUUAUGGGUAUAUGUGUACAAUGUGGAAAAGUUUAAUUAGUUGCAAAUAAAUACUGGGAAAUAAAUAGAGAGCAUCUUAAACAAAUGUUACAAUCACAACGUUUAAAUCUAGAAAGAGCUUAAAUACAGUUACCCAAGGCUUAAUAUUCAACUAUCCCUCGAAAAGUCGAUUCUAUUUGGAAUAUAUUCUUAAUGACUGUUGCAUUUUGUUUAUAAUUUUCGUAAACAAUAUUUAUUACGAUCAAAAAUGAUUUCUAUCUUUAUCAACGUACAAACUCUAAGAUACAUGACAAAGAGAACUCCAAUAUUUAUGUUUCGUAAUAAAACUGACGAGGCAUAUGUUGCCAAUAAAUUAGAAGAUUUAAUAGACUCGGACAAGCCGAUCGAUAUGGAGAAUCCAUUUAAGAAAGAACGAAAAGUAUGUAUUUUAUGCAAAUUAAACAUUGAACCAGAUUAUAAAAACAUACGUUUAUUAUCUCAAUUUCAAAGCCGUCAUACAGGUAGAAUUUAUGAAAAACAUAUAACUGGAUUAUGCGACUAUAAACAAAACAAAGUAGUGCAAGAAAUAAAAAAAGCACAACGAGCUGGUUUAAUGGGUUAUAUGACCAAAGACCCUAAAUUUGUUGAUGAUCCUACGUUGUUCAAUCCUAAUUUUCCAUUUAAGCCACAUAAAUAUUAAGUGUAAGGUAUAAAACUUAUAGGCAUCCUUAUUCAUUAUUCAUUUUUAUUUGAAAAUAUGUACAUAUGUAAUAUAAAAAUAUAAUAAAAUACUGUUAUAAAUUA